CGGCAGCCUCUUUCCCCUUGCAAUCGGUGGAUUUGUUGUUAGCCUCAUUCCCUUUCUCCCUGCAUCCUUCAGAUUGCUAUCGAUUUGGGGUACUUCUCACUGGGACCGGGACAUCAGUCUUGGUGGAUUCUAGUUAGAUUUUCAUCUUCACCUGGACAUAUGAAGGUUCGAACUAGGAGUGCGGAUUGGGAGAAGGAUACGGCGAUGGACAUCGACCAUCCUCUGUACAGGGCCUUAUCAAGUGGUCGUAAGCGCGCGAAUGGUGAAAUGGAUGACUACCGUCGGAGUGACGAGAUGGCAGUCCGAACACCUCCAAAUUUUUCAAGAACUCCUGUUCGCCUACGACUUUCAAUGAACCGGAACGACGUAUCUCCCAAUGAUGCUGAGUACGAUGAUUUAGACCCUCAAGAAGAUGUCAGAAAGUAUUUGUCGAGGUCUAACAGUAGAAAGGACAGGUCUUCCUAUGAGUAUGAGGAGCCUCAGGAAGAUGUGAGGAGAUAUCUGUCUAGGUCAAGCAGCAGAAAGACGAGGUCAAUGCCCGAGCAGGAGUACGAGUAUUAUGAGGAUGAACCCAGAAAAUCGUUUACUCGGUAUCCAAGCAAAAGGGAUAGACCUGUUUUUGAUCAUGAAGAAGAUGGCACUAGGAGGCAGUUGUCCAGGUCCUCUAGUCGUAAGGGGAGACCAGAAUACGAACCAGAGGAGGAAUACCCUGUCGACCUACUUGAGUAUGAUGCAGAUGUAAUUGAAAACGGCAUGGAGGACUCCCAGUUAUCUGAACGGAGGAGGGCAAUGUUUGAGCCACUUGGACCCUCAUAUCGAGGACCUCGUGAUGGGUCUCCUGACAGCACUCUACCUCCACCUGAUUUUGAUAUUUCUGCUUAUCCCCAAGGAUGGGUUGUCGGAAAGAAAAGGAAAUUGGUGAAUGUGGAUGUCGUUGAAAGCAUGCGUCGCAUUGCCGUCCAUGAGAUGAACCGUAAGGACCGAGAGAUUGGUGGCUUGAACGAGCAACUGGAAGAAGAUUCCAAGACCAUGGAGCAUCUUCAAAUUCAGUUACAACAGGAGCGGACUAAGCGUAUGCAUGUUGAGAGAGAAAACAACAUGCUGAAUGCCCAGAUAAACAUGCUGAUGACUAUGAUCAAUGAAGCGCCGGAGGUUGAAGAUGAUGAAGAAAUGUAGCUCAUCUAGAACUAUUCGAUCGGUGUGUAUGUAUUGCACUCUUAGCAAUGCCUUGUCAAAAAAUUCCAAAAAAAACAAAAAACAAAAAAUUCUUUAAUUAUUUGAUGUAGAUUGAAAAUAUUAUUCUAUAUCGAUUGCAUACAUCGAUUGAAGUGCCGCUGGUGAAAACAGUGAGCUGUGCGUCUGUGUAGCUGCAGACCAAUUUGUCAAUUCUUCAUUAAUACGACACAUCCUAGUCUCGGAUUGUUCAGAGCUGGAGGAAGAACACGAACGAUAAGAGGAAA